AUGGCCGCGCCUGGAGAGCCUUGCACUGGCCUGAGGGUCUGGAACCAGACAGAGCAGGGACCUGUGGCCCAUCAUUUGCUCAGCCUGUGCUUCCUGAGAGCAGCUGGGAGCUGGGCGCCCCCCAUGUACCUCUGGGUCCUCGGCCCCAUCUACAUCUUCCACGUCCAUUGCCAUGGCAGGUGCUUCCUCCGGAUGUCCCACCUCUUCAAAGUCAAAAUGGUAGCCACAGGGAGCCUGGGACCAGGGAGCCUGGAAGAGGUGGGGGUGGGCAGCUGUGAUGGGGGCAGGCUGAACCUGGCAGCGACUCCACACCUCUCAUCAGCAAGAACUUAG